AUGGGAACAAAUAUUGUUGUGAGAGUGGCAGAAAAUCUGGGAACACACCCACUGUUCUUGAAGGUGUAUUCUGUUGCCACUUUAUCUGGUCUGCUUCUGCUGGCAAUCACCUUGGGAUGGAUCUAUGGGUUCCAGGGUGGGAUGGACUGGAACUCAAGCAAAGAACCACAGUUCAACAUUCACAUCUUCUUGAUGACAUUGGGAUUCUUGGUACUUCAAUGCCAUGGGGCUGUUGUGUACAGAUUUGCAGCUAGUUUCCCCAAGUGGAAUCUUAAGCUGGUUCAUGCUGGGAUCAUGCUUUUCUCAAUUCUGCUCUGCUCCAUUGGAAUCUAUGUCUCAUUUGACAAUCACAAGAAAAAUAACUAUCCUGACUUGGCAUCAGUUCAUUCCUGGAUUGGGCUCUUGACAUUUACAAUCUACAUCUUUCAGUGGUUGCUUGGAUUUGCAGCAUUUCUGCUUCCAUGGACACCAGGGAAAUUUUACUCACCGACGUCUACAAAAUCUCAUCAUCAUCACUCCACGAAAGACGACAACACUAUCGACGCAUUCGUGCCCCCGAAGCCGAAAGAAUUCGUCAAUGCGAUCCGUCUCUUCCUCCCCGCGUCAUCUUCAAACACACUAUCCCAUUUCUGCGCUUCAUUCGGCACCAAGUUCAGCUCACCGUCACACGGCGAUGUCAGGUUGAUGGUCGGCGGCAAAACACCGGUUUGGCACGCCAAUAAAGCAGCUAUGGCCUCUACCAUCCCGGCUGCACCCAGCAAAUGUCCAAUCGCACCCUUAAUGGACGAUACGGCCAGGGAUUGA